UGCGCCAGCCCGGCCGCCAUCUUCCCCGCUCGGCUCAGGGACUCGCGCCACUCGCCGAGCGCCCGCCCCGCCGCAGACCCCGGCCCGCGCCGCCGCCGCCCCCGACAUGUCGGCCCCCGCUGCCGCGCCCCCCGCCGCCGGAGGAGAAGGGGGUGGCCCCCCACCACCACCCCCCAACCUCACCAGCAACCGGAGACUGCAGCAGACCCAAGCCCAGGUGGACGAGGUGGUUGACAUCAUGCGGGUGAACGUGGACAAGGUGCUGGAGCGGGACCAGAAGCUGUCGGAGCUGGACGACCGAGCCGACGCCCUGCAGGCGGGCGCCUCCCAGUUCGAGACCAGCGCCGCCAAGCUAAAACGCAAAUACUGGUGGAAGAACCUCAAGAUGAUGAUUAUCCUGGGGGUGAUAUGCGCCAUCAUCCUGAUCAUUAUCAUUGUUUACUUCAGCACUUAAUGGACCCUCGGAAGCCAAAGCCCCCCCCUCCCUCCCCCCAAAGGAGCUGCAGCUGGGAGAGGCACGAGGGGCUGCGACCCCCCCGCCUCCCAUGAUCUCAGCCAUAUCUUCCAGCCUCCCCCCCUUCCCCUUUCUCCCCCGGGCCCCCCCGUGGCGUGUGUGCGUGUCUUGCGGUGCGUGUGGCCGUCCUGUAUAUAGGCUGACUUAUUUAUACAUAUAUAUAUAUUCUAUA